AUGUCAACUUUUGAAGCCCUCCUUGAAGGACCUGCCCUUAAGGUCGCAACAACCAUGUAUAGAAAGCCAACACCUAUUCAGAAAGAAGUUAUUCCAGUUGUUCUUGCAGACCAUGACGUCGUUGCGAUGUCAAAAACAGGUUCUGGUAAGACAGCUUCUUUCUUAUUACCAAUUGUUCAAAAGCUUAAUGAACACUCAACUAUUACAGGUUGUCGUUGUCUCAUUAUCACACCAUCCAGAGAAUUGGCACUUCAGACCGGGCACUAUUUCCAGAAAUACGCGUCUCAAACAAACUUAAAAUGCGCACAAAUCAUUGGUGGUGAAGCUCUCCCACCUCAAUUCGAAAGUUUGACAAAGAAUCCUGAUGUUAUCAUCGCAACACCAGGUAGAUUACUUCAAAUCAUUGCAGAAACACAAUAUUCCCUUUCUCGUGUACAAAUCAUCGUCAUUGACGAGGCAGAUCUCCUCUUUGAGCAAGGUCUUGAACCACAAAUGACGGCCAUCCUCAAAUUGCUCCCAGAAAAGCAUCAAUCAUUGUUAUUCUCAGCUACGGUUCCAUCCGUUCUUGCUGAAUUCACACGUAUUAACCUCAGCCGUGCAACAGUUAUCAGAAUUGAUCAAUCAAAACUUCCAAAAACACUUACAGUUAACUUCCUUUUCGUUAAUCCAUAUUACAAACCAGCUUUACUUCUCCAAACUGUUACAGAAUACCGCAGAUCUCUUGUUUUCGUUGCCACAAGAUAUCAUGCUGAGUUUUUAAGCGCUUUCUUAAGGGACUCCAACCUCAAAAGCGCAGCCAUUUACGGAAACAUGGACCAAGACGAGCGCUCAUCCAGUCUUGCCGCCUUUUCAAGAGGAUCAUUACGUUGUUUAGUUGUCACAGACGUUGCAGCACGUGGUCUUGACAUUGAAGGCCUCGAAGCCGUUGUAAACUACGAUUUCCCAGAGCGUCCGAAGGUUUUCCUUCACAGAGCCGGUCGUUCAGGCCGUGCAGGUCUCAAAGGCGAAGUUGUUUCAUUUGUAACUCACGAUGAACUUCCUUAUUACGUAGGAGCGCGCGAAGCCUUGCAAGAGGAAGAGCCAUGGACAUUGAGAAGAGUGAUGCAGAGUGAAAUCAACGACCAACUGACAAUUUAUGAAGACGCUAUGAAGAGGAACUACGAUUUAACUGUUCUCAGGCAGUCAAUGGACAAUGGCGAGAAGAAAUACGUUAAAUCAAGGAAGAACGCAAAACCACAAUGGCUUACAAUGGCCAAAGAGAUCAUCAUUGAAGGCGGCGCUGAUUCCAUUGAAGAAAAAAUCAGAGCUUGGAGGCCAAGAGAAACAAUUUUCGAACAAGCGCCACAGAACAGUAAACAAGCGGAAGUCAUGCAGGCAUUCAGGUCAACAACAAAUAAUUUCAUCAAGUCUCGCUUCAACACAAAAGAAACUGAUGAACCACCUCUUGAUGAUGAUGAAUCAGAUAAAGAAAUUCAAAAUGAUGCUGAAAAAGUGACAGAAGAAAGAGUCAUUGAAGACAAGACUAAUGAUUCCAAGCCAGAAGUCAAGAAGAGGAAAGAGCAUGUAUCGAAGAAACCUAAGAAAGAAUACAAACCAGUCCAAUCCAAGUUCUUUUUAGGCUACAGACCACCUGAUGAUGAUGCAAACUCAAUUAGAGACGGAACGGCAUCAUCAUUAAUUGAUGCUGUUAUGGAUAUGGCUCCUGAUGAUAGAGAAGGCUUCAUGAAGAUGAAACAGCAGAGACAGAUGUACAAGAAGAACAUACAAUCAUCAACACAACAGAGAUUGCAGAGAGCAAUGGAGUCUAAAAACGCAACUCUCAUUAAAGCGGCUACUUCAAUGCUUACUGGCAAAUCUGUAAAGGGUGAGAAAUACCAGGAAUGGGUUUCAAUGUCUAAGGCAUCAAUCCAAGCACCUGGAGAAGAAGAAAGAGUCAUCAAAGGUUCAUUGAGAGUUCCAAGAUCCCAAAGAAAAGUUAAGUCAGAACUUAAGGACGCUAGAACAAUUGAAAGAGAAAGACUCAUCAAGCAAAAGCAUAAGCUGAAUGAUGCUGGUAAACACAAAGAAGCAAAGGCCCUCAAUGCAAAGAUUUUCGGGUAUAACAAAAAAUGA